UCAGCUGUGGAACGGGGGACGAAGCACCGUGGAAACAUUCUUUAUUCACAGAUUUUUAUGGUCUGCUUUAUUCUCCUAUUCCUGCUCCGUUUGCAAUUUCUGUCCUACUGGACUCUGAGUUCUGCAGGUGAACCUGCCAACCUGAGCCAAACCAAGCAAACAUAGACCAAACCGCCUCCAAUCACAAUGGAUAUUGCCAUCCAGCACCCCUGGUUCAGACGUGCCUUGGGCUCCAUCUACCCCACCCGACUCUUUGACCAGUUUUUUGGAGAGGGAAUGUUUGACUAUGACCUUUUCCCCUACACCACCUCAACUAUCAGCCCCUAUUACAGACACUCACUUUUCCGCAACCUUCUGGAUUCUUCCAACUCUGGGAUCUCUGAGGUGAGGUCUGACAAGGACAAGUUUACAGUCUACCUGGAUGUCAAGCACUUCUCCCCCGAUGAGCUGAGCGUGAAGGUGACUGAUGACUACCUGGAGAUCCAGGGCAAGCAUGGAGAAAGACAGGACGACCAUGGUUACAUUUCUCGCGAGUUUCAUCGCCGGUACCGCCUGCCCACUUCUGUUGACCAAUCAGCCAUCACCUGCACCCUGUCAACUGAUGGUCUGCUGACGCUGACUGGUCCAAAGCUAUCUGGAGGAAGUGAAUCUGGUCGUGGUGAGCGUAGCAUCCCCGUCACCCAUGAUGACAAAGCCAAUGCUGCUCCAUCCUCAUAGAGGAAAAUUGGUUCACUUCCCCAAGAAUCUGCUAGUCUGAGAUGGACAACCAGAGAUUUCUUCUUCUACCCUUCCCUAAGAUACUCGUUCUUCUUCCUUCAUUUUCUCUAGUUCCUCUAUAGCAUUCUCAUCCAGAACUAUAGUAUCAUUGUUUUUAAGUAUAACAUAGAUUAGCCCUUACGGGCUAAGUAUGGUGCUCAAAACCCUUUCUUCUUUUGUCCUGCCCUGUAAUGUAGUGCAGACCGUGUUCAGUGAAUAUCUGCUAAUAACAUAUAAUAAAGCUGUAUAAUUAACAAAUUGCAA